AUGGCGGAAACGGUUGACUCGAUUGUCAAGGGCGCUCCAGCGCCCAACAUGGAAAAUAGCACGCCCUCUCUGGGACCCAGCCCCGUUAUCGUCGCCGGUGGCAAGCCUGGUGACCCCUUGAACCACACGCCAAGCUCGCCUUCCAUGAUCUAUCUCAACAUGCUGAUCCUCGAAGCUUCACUACGCGCGCAAUACCUAUCGCUCCGGACGCGCCGGCGCAAGCACACCUUCUUCCUGUCUCUCCUUACCGUCUGGACCUGCGGCUUUGGAUACGCGCUGUUCUUUGCGCCGCGCGAGGACGGCGUUGGUGUUGGCGGCUCCGUGUACUGGGUCGUCGAUAUGGCCGAGAAGGUGUGUUUCAUGGCCGGUAUCGUCACGGCUCUGCUGGUAUGGGGCACGGGAAUCUGGGAACGCGGCAUCCGCUGGCCUCGCCGGUGGCUCGGGAUCUCGAACCGGGGUCUCCGGGGUUUCAACUGCAAGCUGGUUGUCAUCAAGAGAGGCUGGUGGGUUGAAAUGGUAUCGACUGUAGGGUUCUUCUUUACAUACGGCGCAUUUAGUGGCACAUCGGGACACUACCGGUUCGUGGAGCCGGGGAUCCUCAGGGAGGUGGACAAGGAGCUCAACUUGCACCAUCAAGGCCACCCGCAGCUUCCAUUUGUAAGCAGCGACGAAGAACGCGGCGGACACGAGGAGGAUCUGGCCCCAGGCGGAGACUAUGUAAAGCUCCUUCUGCUUCCGAAGCCCUUUUCGCCCAAUUUCCGAGAGAACUGGGAGCUGUACAGGAGCGAAUACUGGGAACGGGAGAACGAGCGGAGAGCAUUGUUACAAAAGAAGCUGAAGCAGCGAGAUAGAGAGCUUGCCAAGCAGCAGUCCAGCUGGUUCUGGUGGCUCCCGGGACGAAGAAGGGUGGAGGAAAAGCCGCAUCAUAGUCAACAGGUCCCGGAAAAGGCACUGCACCACCGAAGCUCGUCCAUUCUCAAGGAGCACAAGCGCGCCAGGAGCGGAAGCAAUGCCCGCAGAAGUAGUAUCUCGGCGGGCUCGUCUCGCAGUCCCACGCCACCCGUAGAGGUCGAGGAGGCCGGUGUUGUUGCUAGAAGGGGCAGCAAUGCGUCCACGUCGUCAGCCAAGAGGGGAAAGAAGAACCUGUCUGCAAGUUCCAGGCCGAAGAGGCCGGGCGUGGAGUCGAGAUCAGUGACACCUGAUUUCUCCUCACCACUCGCGCAGGAGAGCACACUGUCCCCAUCAUCGGCAGAAACUGGUAGCGGACGAUCGUUGCGACCGAAGCCGUCCCGGUCAAAUGUCUCCCGCUGA